AUGGGGUGUGCCAGAAAAUGCUUCGAAGAAGGAGGCUGCUGCUAUAGAUGCUUACAGAUUGUUCGAUGGCUGCCAGUUUUGUUCGUCUUCUCAAUAUUGGCAUGGGCUUACUAUGCGUAUGUGAUUCAACUUUGCUUCUUGACCGUGGAAAAUGCGAUUGAGAGAAGUUUUUACCUUUUCGGCUUUCAUCUCUUCUUCGUUCUCUUGAUUUGGUCUUAUUGUGCGACCGUUUUUGCAAAAUUGCAUAAACCUCCAAGCCAGUUUUUCCUUCCAGUCGAAAUAUUGAAUGAUGUUAAGAACAGUGCUGGUGACGACAAACGGAUAGCGCAAAUUUUACAAAGAUAUGCUGCACAAGAAAAGCUACCAAUUCGAAUGCGAUCAUAUGAUGGUGGAGGACAAUUCUUGCGAUAUUGUCCAAAAUGUCAUUGCCUGAAGCCGGAUCGGUCCCAUCAUUGUUCCAUGUGCGGGCAAUGUAUAUUAAAAUUCGAUCAUCAUUGUCCAUGGGUGAAUACGUGUGUGAAUUAUCAUAACUACAAAUUUUUCUUGCACUUUUUAGGGUAUGGAAUUGCUCUUUGUUUAUUUGGAUUCUUAACAGACAUGCAAUAUUUCAUUCGCUUUUGGAAAAAUGAUAUCCACGAGGGGAGAACAGAUGUCGGCAAAUUUCACAUGUUGUUUCUGUUCUUUGUCUCCGGAAUGUUUUCGUUAUCACUGGGUGGUUUAUUCUUUUAUCACCUAUAUCUGGUGGCACGAAAUAGAACAACAAUUGAGUCUUUCCGACCUCCAAUGCUGUCAGCGGGUGAAGACAAGCAUGCUUUCAACAUGGGGAUUCGUGCAAACUUUCGUCAGGUUUUUGGUCCUCGCCCACUCUUCUGGUUUCUUCCCGUAUAUUCUUCUGAAGGUGACGGUGUGACGGUGGACUGUUCAUCGUAUCAAACAUUACCGUUCGAAAUGACGUGUAUCUUGCCUGACGAGCCAACAGCCGAUGUCCCUGCCGACGUCAUUUUCACGAAACCAUCUAUGCACACCGCCACAGAUAGUUCUUCGACACCUUUAUCUAACAGCAAUAUUUCACCCGGCUCGGGGAUGGUU